ACGGCUCUCCGUGUCACAGCCUCAGCUUUACAAUAACCACCCCAUUUCCUCCCUUCCAGCACAACCGACUCUCUUCAGUUCCUCUAGCACACUCGCAGCUUGACACGGUCAUCUCACAACUUGUAGCCAUGGCCACCGUCGCUGCUGUCUCGUGCGCCUCUGCCGCCACCUGCUUCGUGCAGAAGUCUGUCUCCUCGAAGCAGCUUUCCGGCCGUGCUGCUGGUCUCCCUGCUCUCCGCAUGUCCCGGGUGACCUGCUCUGCUGAGAGGAAGGAGAGGAAGGCUGUCCUGUCUGCGGCUACCAUCGCUGCCUCUGCCUCUGCUGCCCUUCCUUCCCUGGCUGUCGUUGAGGAGAUCCUCGGUGGCGAUGGCACUGGUCUCCCCCUUGGUCUGAACGACGCCUCCCUGACCUGGGUUCUCCUCGGUGUCUUCACCGCAAUCUGGGGUGCUUUCUACCUGUAUGCCUCGUCGCUCCCCAAGACCGAUGAUGACUCUGGCCUUGGCUUGUAAGCCAAGUAUUUCAAUAUAAGCCAGUGGGCGGCUAAAUACGCUGUAACUCGCACCAAAUUAGUUUUGUCAUAUAAUUUCGUGUAACGCUGGACAUUUUGGACACAGCAUGCGUUCAGUGAACGUAGUGGACUCCUGCUAUUUACAGUCAUGCAAUAUAUUCCUAACAGGUGGAAACCUAUAACAAAUACUAGUUGGUUGUACUCACUAGAAGCAUACCUCAGUCUAGCCUAUAA